CUGCAUGCUGGGAUACUAUCAAAAUGGCAGAGGAGAGUGUCUUGUUGUGAUUUCUACGCUCAAAAACAUAAGAAAACUAAUAUUGUAUUUGGUCGCUCGCUUUUUGUUGUUCUUUGAUUUGAGAAACAAACAAAAAAAAAACGACACAACAAGACUCCAAGGGAUUGUCCGCCGGGCUUGUAGAGGUUUUCGUAAUCCAGCCGAAUGAACAGAACGACAGCAAAGCAUCUCAUUGAGCGCUACUUUCGGCAGUUAACUGAAGGCUGUGGGAAUGGCGACUGCAAAAAUCAACUCUGCGCUUCGUGUCAGGAUUUCCAGCCACUGGACAAAAACUCGGCGGCGGUCCGAGCGCUGGAGUUGUGCAAGGUGAAAGCCAAACUCUGCGAGCCUCAUGCUCAUGGUACAGAGCCAGAUCCUCAGCCGGCCGAUCUCACCAAGGAGGACUUUUCAGAUAUCCAUUAUCUCACGGAGAAUACUGUUUUUAUCAUUCUGAGCAUCUGUGAAGACGAAGGCAACUACUCGGCUCUCAUUCGGGUCAUUGGCAGGGUGUUCUCAAACGCAGGUGCUCUGAUAAAAAGUUUCCGUAAGGAUGAACCCAACGCUGCGGAAGCUCUUCCCACAGACGGAGACCGGCAAGAGUCGUUAUCUUCUGCAGACGCCUGCGAGGUGACGGUGGACAUUGACUCUGUGCGGCGGUUCUAUGACAGACUUCAGACCAACGAGCAGGCGGAGUCUGCUCUGGUGAAUGCGCUCGUCUACCUCACUCCUAAUGUGGAGCUCGACCUGGAGUACCUGGAUGCCUACGAAACAAACCCAGACUACCUGAACAUCUUUGUCAUUCUGAUGGAGAACAGCAACCUACACAGCCCCGAGUACCUGGAGUUAGCGUUGCCGCAGCUUUGCAAGGCCAUGAGCAAGCUGCCGGUGGGCGCUCUGGCCAGACUGUCCAAGCUGUGGUCCAAAUAUGACCUCCCGUAUGUUCGCCGCAUGAUGGAGACCUUCCAACAGCUCAUCACCUUCACCGUCGUCAGCCAGGAGUACAACACAGAGAACCUGGUCAAUGACGACGAGACGGUGGUGGCCGCUUGCAAGUGUUUGAAAGUGGUGUUCUAUGCAAGCUUGGUGGGAGGCGACGUAGACGUGGAGCACAACGAAGACGACGACGGUGGGGAGUCCGACUCCGACGAGCUCACCUUGCACGAGCUGCUUGGCGAGGAGCGUCUCUACAAGAAGGGGCCUCAGGUAGACCCUCUGGAGAAGGAGCUGGGUGUCCGACCCAUCGAUAGUAGGAAACCCCUCAUCCCCUUUGAGGACUUUGUCAACGAGUCCCUCAAUGACGUGGUUGAGAUGGACAAGGAUUUCUCCUUCUUCAAAGUUGACGCGGAAACAAAGUUUUCCUUCCAGACAUGCCCCUUUGUCCUCAACGUUGUCACAAAGAACCAGGGGCUUUACUAUGACAACAGAAUCAGGAUGUACAGCGAGCGGCGUCUCACCGCCCUCUACAGCAUGGCGCAGGGCCAGGAGCCCAACCCCUACCUCAAACUCAAAGUGCGCCGAGACCACAUUAUGGACGACGCCCUCAUCAGACUGGAAAUGAUCUCCAUGGAGAACCCAUCUGACUUGAAGAAACAGCUCUUUGUGGAGUUCGAGGGGGAGCAAGGGGUCGACGAGGGAGGCUUGUCCAAAGAGUUCUUCCAAUUGGUCUUGGAAGAAAUCUUCAAUCCUGACAUUGGAAUGUUCACGCACGACGACGACACACAGCUCUUCUGGUUCAACUCGUCCUCGCUGGAGAACGAGGCACAGUACACGCUGGUGGGCAUCGUGCUGGGCCUGGCUAUUUACAACAACUGCAUUCUGGACGUGCACUUCCCCAUGGUGGUCUACAGGAAGCUCAUGGGCAAGAAGGGCACCUACUUGGACCUUUCAGAUUCACACCCGGUUCUAUACCGGAGCUUUAGGGAGCUUUUGGACUAUGGCGGCAAUGUGCAGGAGGACAUGGCGCUCACCUUCCAGAUAUCUCACACGGACCUUUUUGGAAGCCCGGUCUUGUACGACCUGAAGGAGGAAGGAGACCACAUUCCUGUUUCCAAGGAGAACAGACACGAGUUUGUGCAGCUGUACGCUGACUACAUCCUGAACAAGAGCGUGGAGACGCAGUUCCGAGCGUUCAAGAAAGGCUUCCUCAUGGUGACCAGCGAGUCGCCCAUGAAGUACCUGUUCAGACCCGAGGAAGUGGAGAUGCUGAUCUGCGGAAGCCGAAAACUUGACUUCCAGGCCCUGGAGAAGACGACGGACUAUGACGGCGGUUACGACAAAGACAGUCGAGUCAUCAAGGACUUCUGGGAAACCAUCCACUCGUUCGAGGAGGAACAGAAGAAAAUGUUCCUUCAGUUCACCACAGGCACACACAGAGCACCUGUGGGCGGCCUGGGAAAACUGAAGAUGAUCAUCGCCAAAAACGGCUCAGACACUGACAGGUUGCCCACGUCUCACACCUGCUUCAACGCGCUGCUGCUUCCGGAAUAUUCCUCCAAGGAGAAGCUGAGAGAAAGACUCCUGAAGGCCAUCACUUACGCCAAAGGGUUUGGAAUGUUGUGAAAACUUUUAUGUUCAACGUUUUGCUCCAAAAUGAGACCCGCCCUCACAUUUAGAACAACUUUUUUUUCCUUUCUGCAACAUCUUUUAUUCCACUUUUCAUCUUCUAGUCGCCGUGAAACAACUCAGAGCUGCAAGUUCGGUGAACGUUCCCGCAACAAUAAGAUCGUAAAUUAGGCUUUUCACUAAGAAAUAUUUGGUGCUUUACCAAACAAUUCUUUUGCACAUUUCCUACUUCUUUGUUUUGAAGUGUUCUUGAUUGUGCCGUUGAAGCAAGAUGGAGUUAAAUACAGUAGCACCUCAAGAUAGCAGUUUUAUCGUCUCUGUGACAAAACGUCACCAUUUUAACAUGUAACGUUAAAAAUGAAAACAACAUUUUACACCUGGGUGUCUGGAAAGCACAAUUGUUAGCAUUUUAUUGAUAGCAUGCUACUUUUGCAGGUGCACAUCUCUUCAUUAAAUAUUUUGUUACUUCACGCGUUACUUCAUGCUAACGUUAGCAAUGCUAGCUCUUUUAAAGCUGAGUUUGUAGGUGUACACCUCAGUACUUGACACAUGUUCCAGUUUGCAUUUUUGUUUAGCUUUUUAGUUAAUUUAGCUUAGUGUUGUUAAUUUUGUUAUAUUACGAUUGCUAACAGUAAGCUUGCUAAUGUUAGCAUGUUGGAUUAGUACUGUUAGCAUGCUACUUAUUUUAGUUAAUUUGCCAGGUGUACACCUUAGAUUAAUACUGUUAGCACUCUAGCUUUUUUUUUUAAUAGCUAAUUUCACAGGAAUACACCUUAGUGUCAUCAAUUUUUUUUAUUUCAUUAAUGCAGUCAUACAACUUAGUACUGUUAGCAUGCUAGGUAUUUUUUUUUAGCCAAUUAAGCAGGUAUACAACUUGGUGUUGUAAAUUUUGGUAUUUCACUAAUGCUAACUGUAAGUUCGCUAUUGUUAGCAAGUUAGAAUAGGACUUUUAGCAGGCUAGCUUUUUUUUUUAUAGCCAAUUUAGUAGGUAUACACCUUAGUGUUGUCAACUUUAGUAUUUCACCAAUGCUAACUGUAAGCUUGUUAUUGUUAGCAUGUUGGAAUAUGACUGUUAGCAAGCUAGCUUUCUUGUUAAGCCAAUUUAGCAGGUAUAAAACUUAAGUGUAGUAAAGUAUGGUACUUCACUAAUGCCAACUGUAAGUUAGCUUUUGUUAGCAUGUUAGAAUAGUACGAUUAGCAUGCUAGCUUAUUUUUUUUUUUGCCAAUUUAAAAAGUAUACACAUUAUUGUCGUCAAUUUUGGUAUUUCACUAAUGCUAUCUGUAAGCUUGCUAUUGUAAGCAUGCUAAAAUAGUACUGUUAGCAUGCUAGCUUUUUUUAUAGCUAAUUUAGCAGGUAUACACCUUAGUGUCAUCAAUUUUUUUUAUUUCACUAAUGCAAUCAUACAACUUAGUACUGUUAGCAUGCUAGGUUUUUUUUUUUAGCCAAUUAAGCAGGUAUACAACUUGGUGUUGUAAAUUUUGGUAUUUCACUAAUGCUAACUGUAAGUUUGCUAUUGUUAGCAAGUUAGAAUAGGACUUUUAGCAGGCUAGCUUUUUUUAUUAUAGCCAAUUUAGUAGGUAUACACCUUAGUGUUGUCAACUUUAGUAUUUCACCAAUGCUAACUGCAAGCUUGUUAUUGUUAGCAUGUUGGAAUAUUACUGUUAGCAAGCUAACUUUCUUGUUAAGCCAAUUUAGCAGGUAUAAAACUUAAGUGUAGUAAAGUAUGGUACUUCACUAAUGCCAACUGUAAGCUAGCUUUUGUUAGCAUGUUAGAAUAGUACGAUUAGCAUGCUAGCUUCUUUUUUUUUAGCCAAUUUAGCAAGUAUACACAUUAUUGUCGUCAAUUUUGGUAUUUCACUAAUGCUAUCUGUAAGCUAGCUAUUGUAAGCAUGCUAAAAUAGUACUGUUAGCAUGCUAGCUUUUUUAUAGCUAAUUUAGCAGGUAUACACCUUAGUGUUUUAAAUUUAGUUAUUUCACUAAUUCUAACUGUAAGCUUGUAAUUGUUAGCAUGUUGGAAUAGUACUGUUAGCAUGCUAGCUUUUUAAAACAUAUUUCUUAGCAAAUUUAGCAGGUAUACAACUGUGUCAAAAAUUUUGGUAUUUCAGUAAUGCUUAUUGUUGUUAGCAUGUAAGAAUAGUACUGUUAGCAUGGUAGCUUUUUUUUUAGCCAAUUAUAGCAGGUAUACACAUUAGUGUCGUCAAUGUUGGUAUUUCACAAAUGCUAACUGUAAGCUUGCCAUUGUAAGCAUGCUAAAAUAGUACUGUUAGCAUGCUAGUUUUUUUUUAUAACUUAUUUAUCAGGUAUAUACCUUAGUGUUGUCAAUUUUGUUUUUUCACUAAUGCUAACUGUAAGCUUCCAUUUGUUAGCAAGUUAGAAUAGUAAUGUUAGCAUGCUAGCUUUUUUUUUGUUUUGCCAAUUAAGCAGGUAUAUACCUUAGUGUCAGCAAUUUUGGUAUUUCACUAAUGUUAACUGUAAGCGUGUUAUUGUUAGCAUGUUGGAAUAGUACUGUUAGAAUGUUAGCUUUUAACAUUGUUAUUUUUUUAAACCAAUUUAGCAGGUAUACAACUGUGUCGUAAAUUGUGGUAUUUCAGUAAUGAUUACUGUUGUUAGCAUGUGAAAAUAGUACUGUCAGCAUGCUAGCUUUUUUUUCAGCCAAUUUAGCAGGUAUACACCUUAGUGACGUCAAUUUUAGUAUUUCACUAAUGCUAACUGUAAGCUUGCUAUUGUAAACAUGCUAAAAUAGUACUGUUGGCGUGCUAGCUUUGAAUUUUUUUUAAGCUAAUUUCACAUAUAUUUUUUUUGUUACUUGACCUGGCCAUCGUGCUAACUGUUAGCAUUUCUGUUCGGCUUUGGCUCUUCAGCAUUCACACAAAAUACUAUUGAAAUGGCAUUUUCUAGUACUUUGGAAAAACAAAUCUAUAUGUUGUACUAGUUUUGCAAAGUGAAAACUGCCAAAAUGGCCCCCACAGCCUUCGGUUUGUCAGUCCGUGGCCCUCAGUGGGGACCCCUGCUUACAUAUUGUAUGGAAAACAACUCGAUAGAACGUAGCACAAGCAAGUUCAGUAGUUUUAUGAAGUAAUGUAAUAGUAAAGCACAGUAUUUACUGGAGAGGGGACUUCUACGGUAUCUCCUUUCAGCAGCUUCUCAAUAUUUUCAUGGAUAAAUGUUACAAUAUUAUUGUUAAUGUCUUUGGCUGUCUUUCACGCUCAAAAACAGUUAUAUAAGCUAUAUUAGCCGAGAGACAGCUGCUAUCUCGAGGUGUAGCAGUAUUUCACCUCACUUUAUCGGUGCUGUUUUCCGUGUUUGGAUCAUCGACGUUUUAGAAGUGACGCAAUGCAUGCUGGGUAGUUUACUCAUUGCGUCACCUUUGUUAUUAUGAACAAUUUAUUCCUUGUGCUUUUUUUUUUUGCAUGCGGACAUCGUCCUUGUUUAUGAGUUGAGGUCUUAGUCGAUGUGGUCAAAAAAUAUAUCACGAUAUUUUGUCCGCCAACACGUCUCAGGUCAAUUGGAAUUGUGCAACCACGGAGAAAACUGUGACGCCAAAGUAAUAAAAAGUCAAAAGAUGUG